UUAAGGAUAAAUACAAUUAUACUCGACGGACUUAAAAUCGAGUCUAUUUUAUAUGAAAUAAGGAAAAAUGAUAAUAAUUUGACAAACAAUUUAGUGUAACAAUAAAGUGAAUUGUAUCCUGCAAUUGAGUCAACAUUUGACCAAAAACACGUUAUUGUAAAAGAGAGAAAAUCGAAUACGUACAUACCAUACCUAUACAUAUUAAAAUGAAUAACUACACAAGGAAAUAUUGGCUUUUUUCCCUUUUCUUCCUUGCAUUUGCCAUUUCAUAUAUUGAUGGCUCCUUCAUAAUGCCGGAGAAUGACCCUCCCACAACGGCACCCAAGUUCUUAUCCAGGGGUCAUCUGUACAAGGUCAUUGUCGGGGAGACCAUCGAGUUACCCUGCAAGGUGCAAAACCUUGGAUCAUUUGUGCUCUUGUGGCGUAAGGGUUCAUCUGUGCUCACAGCUGGACAUUUGAAAAUAACCAGGGAUCAACGCUUCAAAAUCGUCGGAGACUAUAAUUUGCAGAUAAAUGGAGUCAAGACCCAGGACGCUGGGGACUACAUCUGCCAGCUUGGUGAUCAGGAAAACAGAGAUCAAGUGCAUACAGUCGAGAUUUUGGUCCCACCUACACUUCGGGCGCUUCCUCAUAAUGGCCAAGUGACAGCCCGAAAGGGAAGUACCGUCACCUUGGAAUGCAAGGCCUCUGGUAAUCCUGUCCCAACCAUAUUCUGGUUCAAGAAGGAUGUAUUUUCUGGACCCACUCACUUGUCGGAUAGCUCCACAUUAAUACUGGAGAAUGUGGAUAGGCAUCAUGCUGGAACAUAUCAAUGCUCAGCCGAUAACGGAGUCAAGGAUCGCGUCUCCAUGGACAUACAGCUAACCAUACUUUCUCCUCCAGAAAUUACUGUUGAAAAGUCUUGGGUCCAUGCGGCAGAGGGAUACGAUGUGGAACUCGUUUGCAUUGUCCAUGGAGAUGUCAACUCAGAGAUGCUUUGGUAUCAAAACUCGUUUCUUUUGGACCCAACUGAUCGCCGGUCCAUGUAUCCACGGGAUGACAGAUACAGUCUCAUCAUUAGGAAUUUCCAGCCAACCGAUUUUGGAAAUUAUAGCUGUGUGGCCGAUAAUGCUUUGGGCAGGACAAAGAAAUAUAUUGAAGUAUCUGGCCGACCCGGUCCAGCUGAUUUCAUUUCACCGGCUUUGAGUGGAUUCUUGGAUCAUUAUAAUUUAACAUGGACCAUUGAGUCUAUACCUCCAUUGGAUGAGAUUAAACUUCUUUACAGACGUCUGCUGAUGAAUGAAACUUAUCAGCAUCCUGGCAAAUGGCACGAAUAUCAUAUUAAGCCCACACCUAUUAGAACCGAUGGAUCGCACUUCCAAAUGUCCUAUCUCGUCAAAAACUUGGAACACAAUGCGGUUUAUGAGGCCAUUGUUCAGGCCAAAAACAAAUAUGGCUGGAAUGAAAUCAGCGAUAUUCAUCAGUUUUAUACCCGAAAUCAUGAUCUACUUCUCGAUAUCGACAUGGAAUACAAAAUGGGAAUUUCAAGCAAUAUUAGAAUAUCUCCAACUUUAUUUGGAACUCUAUUCAGUGCUUUUAUGUUGAUACUCUAUCCCAUCAUUAGUGUUUAAGAAAUAAAGUGUAGGUUUUAUUUGCAAAUAUAAUUUAAAUGGUGCCUUACUAAAACUUUAGCAAAUAAUUACAUUUACGUGUAUGUACAUUAAGAAAUCGUAUUUAAUAUAUUAAAAAUCUCAAUAGAAUACUUAUCUCAAUAGAAUAUUUAUGAAAACAAUUUAUGUACUUCCGCAAUGGUUUUAGAUACCUAGCAGAUCCAAUUAGAAAUUAUAUGUUUCAUCUUAAACUAUUUAUUUAUUUAUUUUGUGUAUAUUCAAAAAAGAUAAAAAUUUCUCGACAAUUUACUUUUUAGGAUCUAUCCAAUGUAUCUAUUAACUGCUAGAUGAAUAAUAGAUUUGUAAAAUAGUUUUUUUCGUUACAAUUUUUAUUUUUUU